CGUAAACGUGUACUGUCCCGUUCCAGCUUAUUCCACUCCGCGUCACUGCGUCAACACUGAUCGUCAACACGCCAUCAGACCACUGCGCGGCACAACCCGCUCCACCCAGGCCUCUGACAGCUAAACCUACAAAAGGUGGUGAUAACAGACCAGCCUCAUCCACCCACCAGCCAGCCGUCGGGCCUGGCCUUUGUUUACCUGCUUCCCAGGUGAGAGGUGAGCAGGGGGGGGCCGGGCCCUCCCUCGCCGGUAGGAGGAUGCCUGUGGAAGGUGGUAGCAGCAGCGGCUCGGCUUCGGCCGCCCGACACCCCAAGCAGAAGCGUAAGGCUCACAGUUUGUCCAUCCGCCGCACCAACAGCAUAGAGGACCGGCUGCCCGGCUUCCAGAGAGGAGACAUGCUGGAGGGACAGGACUCCAAGCUGCCCCCCCCUCUGCGGAACAACCUCCUGGACCUUUUUGGCCAGAUAGAACGCGAGUUUGAAAACCUCUACAUUGAAAACCUGGAACUACGCCGGGAAAUCGACUCUCUGAACGAGCGUCUGACCGGAGACGGACAGGCUAUUGAGGGAGGAGACCCCACCAAGGGAGCUUUGAAAACUAAAGCCAGCCACAGCACCAGUCAGCUGUCACAGAAGCUGAAAACCACCUACAAAGCCUCUACCAGCAAGAUCGUGUCCAGCUUUAAAGCCACCGCGGGCUCUCGAGCUUUGUGUCAGCUGCUCAAGGAGUACGUGGGCCACCGGGACGGCAUCUGGGAUCUCAGCAUCACCCGCACCCCGCCGGUGGUCCUGGGCACCGCCUCCGCAGAUCACUCAGCUCUGCUGUGGAGCAUAGAGACAGGAAAAUGUCUGCUGAGGUAUGCUGGCCAUGCAGGAUCAGUCAACUCCAUCAAGUUCCACCCCACAGAGCAGAUGGCCCUCACAGCCUCUGGGGACCAGACAGCUCACAUCUGGCGCUACAUGGUGCAGCUUCCUGCCCCCCAGCCACCACCAGAUGUCAGUGCUCCAUGUGAUGACGACCAGGACUCGUCGGACAGAGAAGAAGGUGAGGUGGACGGCGAGGGCCCCUGCGAGGUCCCCACCGUCCGGCUCGCUACGGCGACCAUGAAGAGCCACCAGGGCGUAGUGAUCGCAGCUGAUUGGUUGGUGGGAGGCCGGCAAGUGGUGACCGCUUCCUGGGAUCGGGCUGCCAACCUGUACGAGGUGGAGACGUCUGAACUGGUUCAUGCGCUCACUGGACACGACCAGGAGCUGACCCACUGCUGCACCCAUCCCACCCAGCGGCUGGUGGUCACCUCCUCCAGAGACACCACCUUCAGACUGUGGGACUUCAGAGACCCCUCCAUACACUCUGUCAACGUCUUCCAGGGACACACUGACACGGUGACGUCGGCGGUCUUCACGGUGGGCGACAACGUAGUUUCGGGAAGUGACGACCGCACGGUCAAGGUGUGGGAUCUGAAGAACAUGAGGUCGCCAAUAGCAACCAUUCGCACUGACUCGGCAGUGAACAGGAUCAGCGUCUCUGCCAACCAGAGGAUCAUCGCUCUGCCACACGACAACCGGCAGGUCCGACUGUUCGACAUGAGCGGAGUGAGGCUGGCCAGACUCCCACGCAGCAACAGAAUGGGUCACAGGCGAAUGGUGUGUUGCACGACGUGGAAUGAAGAGAACCAGUCCUGCAACCUGUUCACCUGCGGCUUCGACCGGCAGGCCAUCGGCUGGAACAUCAACAUCCCCGCCCUGCUGCAGGAGAAGUGAUGCCACUGACACACUCGCGUGCACAACAGAAACACACACACAGUAGAGCAGGAGACGGUACACACACGCACACAAUGUAAUCUUUGGUCUCCCACCUGCUUGCAUGUAUAAAGUGUUUACACAUUGAAGCACUUUAGUCGUUAUGUAUGUCACAGAUUUUCAGCUGCUGUUGUGUGGAGGAAAUUACUUUUGAGGAAGCCGCUACUGACAUUCAAUAUUCUACUGAUGGAGACAUCUCAUUGUUCACGGUUUUAAAUGACCGACGUGGUUCCAAGUGUGUGUGAGGCCAAAGAGCUGAACUCCGGUAUUCGACCCCUUCACUUUACUAAGCAUGCGUUGUUUCAAGUCCUUUUCUGAUAUAAAGUAUAGAAGUAUAUAUAUUUCCAGUCACAGGCUGCUGUUCACAUCACUGUUGUUUAGUUCCUGCUGAGUGGUUCCUCCUGCAUGCAGAUAAUCUUGGUUUGCUAAUGUUACCUGACUGGAUGUGAGAGAACCAUGAGCAGAGUUUGUAGGAAAUGAUAUGAAGGUUUGUAAAUGUUAUUUUGUGGCCUGAUUAUGUGACCUGUGUUGCAGGUCGUUGCUACUUUGUGGAUUAAGUGUCUUACAGUGAUCGACCUUUUAAGGUGGAGUUUGGUUCUGUGAAAUGUUUUUAUCCUUUUAGUGAGACUUGAAAUAUUCUUGUCAUUGAACAUAAUAUAUAUUAUUGAGGCCUGACAGAUGACUUCCACAGCAAGCAGGCUGCUGGCUUAUUCAUUUUUAUUAUAAUUUACUGCUGUCUUGCCUGAAAAUGUUCACCAAUUUUAAAACGUAAGUCCUUGCCUUUACCUUGGAUGCUUUUCAAUUCACAACCGGCCUCCAUAUUUCCAUAUUUUGUUUUGAGUUUUCCAAUUGAUUCUUUAACUCUGCCUUGUUGAAUGUUUAGAGGAAGAUAUCGUUUGUAAAGUGUUUCUCAAUUCUGCACCUCUGUCAGACUGCUGAGUAUGAAGAAUCAAGGCAAUACUGGGUAUGUGAAUGAGAUGGGUUCAACAUCCUCAUAAUCUAGUACUCUCAAUGUGCUGCAGGUUUGGGCGUCACUACUUUUAGCCAUAUUUAGCGCUCCUACAUCUUCAGUAUGAGUGAAAUACAAACCCGUCCUCUUCAGCCUGUCUUGCUGUAAUGUGUCAUUUCUGUGCUUCAGUAACAGCCUGUCGAUAUGAAACUAUCGUGUUUGCACUUUGCAUUGAACCCCUUCGCCUUGUGUGACCUCUGUCUUGCUUUUGAUGUCCUAAGUCUUCAUCCAAAUUCAGAAGCAAUAACCCAGAUGCUUUAUGUUUCUGGUGCUCCGAGUGAAGCUCAGAUUUGUUCCCUUAACAUGAAGUCUGCUGUAGUUUUUGAUCUUCAGAUGUGAUUUUUCACUGCUGUAAAACAUGAUGUUGUGCGACUGGUGUAGAUGUGGCUCAGUGUACAUAGUUAUGCAUAACUUACCCCAAAGUUGGCUUCAGACCUCACAUUUGAGAGUGUGGAUGGGUAUCGAGGUGGCAUGAAGGUAAUAAUGAACAUAAUGAAAUGCCUUACCGUUGCAUGGAGAGCGGUGCAUCAGCCUUAUCCACCAGAGCAUCAAUGCACUGUUCCAAAUGCAUGUUAAAAAAGAGAAUUGUGUUUCACUGCGCUGUGUGUCAUUUCCAGAACUCAAUCUCGCGGCCAGUGAUUUCAGUGUCAUUGUGAUCUGGAGGUAGAAAGCCAAGUCCUAUUUUCGCCCCACAAAUGAAUUCCAACUUGAAGGAAAAUUAUCUUGUAUUGAUGCACAAAGAUAUUGCGAACCAGACUUUAGGGGUUGAGUAAGAAGUGGAUGGGCUGCACCAGGCCCAAUCAUAUCCCUCAAAGUUCAUUAUGCGAUUUACUUUGCAUACUUCAUUGUGAGCUACGUGCUCUCGGACACUUUCCAAUAAAACUUGUGAUUUCCUUUCCCAGUC